AUGGCGACCCCAAUUGCCGACCGAGAAAAGACGACCGGUCCACCACGACGGGCCAUCAUUGCAGUGACAUCCGCUCACGCGCCGCUGUAUCCUGACGGGAAGGAGACUGGUGUCUUCAUCACAGAAGCCUUGCAUCCCUUCAAGGUGUUCAAGAAGGCUGGCUUCGAAGUAGACCUUGUGUCGGAAACGGGAACUUACCAAGCAGACUGGCUCUCACAGCAAGACAAAUGGUUGCCAGCCGAGGACAAGAAGAUCUGGGAGGACAGCAAUAGUGAGUUCAGGAAGAAAUUGGAUGCUGGGCUGAAGCCCGGGGAUUUCAAUCCUGACAAUUAUGGCAUAUUCUUUGCCUCGGCUGGGCAUGCGUCGUUGAUAGACUAUCCCGAGGCAAAAGGCCUGCAGACCAUGGCGUCCAAGAUGUACGGCGACGGUGCAAUCAUCUCAGCCGUUUGUCAUGGCGGCGCAAUCUUUCCAGGCGUGCUGAAUCAGCUAACCGAUAAACCCAUCAUACACGGCCGCAAAGUCACCGGCUUCACCACCAAAGGCGAGGAAGAGGAGGGGGUACUGGACACAAUCAAGUCCUGGAAUCGCCCAACUAUCGAAAAGGCAGCUGCAGAUUGUGGUGCUACCUACGUCGCGCCUCCAGGGCCAUGGGAUUCUUUCACACAAACAGACGAACGCAUCGUGACUGGUGCGAACCCUGCGUCAGCGGAAGCAACUGCUGAGGCGGCAGUAAAGGCCUUUGAAGAACUCACCAAGAUACCUCGGAUGGACCAUGACUAUAAGGGCGGCGGCAUGAAUUAUCGAAGCAAGGAGGAUAACGCUCACCCAGUCAUAAAGGGGAAGAGUGGCCUCGAUUUGAUUGAUCAGGAUGGCGAGCCAACGCGUACCAUUGAGCCCGGGGUUGCGGGGAAGUAG